AAAUAUGCUUGUUCGCUUUCUUGUCAUGAGUUGCAUCGGAGGAUUGAAACCGGUCUCAUGUCGCUAGUAUGAAUAUGAAGCUGCUGCUGGUUAGCUUAGCUUAGCAUAACGAUCGGAAACGGAGGGAAUAAGAUACAGUGUGUUAAUUAGCAAGCUUUAUUGGUGCUGGAACGAAGAUUUUGUUACAUUCAGACAGAGCCAGGGUUGCUAUUUCCACAUGUUUUAGUGCAUUUCUUUUUUUUCAUUAAAACCUAAAAAAACAAGGCUGAAUAUCAAUUGAAAUUCAAAUUAAUUUGAAAACGUUGAGAAAAUAUCCUCACACCGAAUCUAAUCACUUUAGUGUUUUGUCAUUUAGUUCCUAAUAAAUUGCAUCUGAAUUCAGUGUUUUCCACCUGUAAUAACAAUGAGUUUGCAUCUGAAGUCCAUGUAAAAAAUUGUGUAAGGACUCUGGAUACUUGCAUCAUAUACAUUAUAAUAUUAAAAAAUAUAUAUUAUUAUUAUUAUUAUUAUAUAUAGAUAUCAAUACAUUUUCUUCCAGUAAACUUUUAAGUUUUAGGUAGUACAACCUUAAUUCACCCCAGCUCCCCCACAUGUAGGCAACGUGACUCUUUUCUGCCAGCUCCUGAUACCAUUAAAGGCUGCCAGUACAUUUCAACAGUUGGACAUUUUAAAUAUUUAAGGGAGAGAUUGUAACCAAUAGGUAACUUCAGCAAUCCAAAGAGAGUAUCCAACUUUAAAAGUAGACAUUUGGCUGCUGCUUCUGUUUUUCCAACUAUCUAUCUUUACUGUCAUGUGGUUGAGCAAACUGAUAGAAUCUACUGUGUCGCUGUUUGGAUACACAGAUCCCCUGCAGUGGAAAAUGUUACUUAUGUAUGUAAAGCCUGUUUCUACAAGCACUCAGCGCGUUGUCAGCACCUCACACACAGGGGACCUAAGUUAACACUUUACAAUAUUUCCAUUGAUCAAUAAGGGCACAGUUUUUAGAUUAAUUAACAAAACCGAAAAAAAAAUUGUGUCACUUGAAACGGUGUCAAAGGGAUUGUGGUGCCCUAAUUAAUGGUCAUUCUAGCCCCAGCUUUGAGUUACACAGGAGCUGCCUGUCAAACAGAUAACCCUUUUAGAGGAAUGUCACCUGCCUCAGUCUCAGGCAUGCAGGCAGCUGCUCGUGUUUGUGGAUUUAUUAGCCCAAUUCUCGAGGACUAUUUGAAUUGCUUUUUAUAUAUAUAAAUUUUUUUUUUUUUUUUUUAAGAAAAUGCCUUUUUCAUUUUAAUAUUUUUAUAUUGUGAUUUGAAAACCUUUCCAUAGGAUGGCCACCUCAAAUGGGAAAGGUGAAAAAGUGUCCAAAUUUGAGACUUUAAAACUGUUGGAGAAAUGCAGAAAGGAAAGAGAUGAUGCCAUGCACAGAGAAAGUGUUCUCAGAGAGAAACUCCGACAGUAUGAGUCAAGGAUGCGUUCAACUGAGGCUCUGAAACAGAAACUGAAAACCAUGACCAUGGACAACAAGGAGCUGAGGAAACAGGUGAAGGCUCUUCGUACUGAGAUUGGACUUGAAUGCAGCCCCAAGUUCAAUGGAAAGACCACAAAGGACAUAAUCAAUGACUUGCAUGAGAAGGAGCGUGAGUGCAGUUCCUUGGUGGAGAAGGCUGGGAAACUGAGCCUGACCAUUGAUGAUUUGACAUCAGAGUUGGCAAAUACAGUCACGUCUAAAACUCUUUUAGAGGACCAAGUUCAGUCAUUGCAACAAAACCUCAAGGACAUGACAAAUAAUCAGCGCCGUUUGCUAAAGCUGUGGGAGGACAAGAAGGCCCAGAGGGAGCAGUUCGCCCUCCCUGCAAUUACGCAGAAACCUGGACAGAAACCAUUUAUUCAUAAAGCAAUUCAAACUGAGAUGUCCAUCAGUUCAUCACAAAAGCUCCCAGUCAAUGCUUUUGAGACCAAGCCAUUCUCUCGGGACAAUGACAAAAAGACUGUUUUGGAUAAACACAGUUUUCCAACUUAUGGAAAUGGCUAUCACCACGACAAGAAAGCUUUCAUGCAUGAUGAAACUAAAGGAAUUCAGAACUGAUUAGAUUCUAACAGAAAAAGACAGCCACUAACGCUCUGCUUUAAUAAAGUAGAGCAGAGAUAUAGCUAAUAAUCAUUGGUCAUCACUAAUGUUGUACUUGACAAAUAAAUGAGUAAA